AGGUCAUAAAUAUGUAUUCACAAAACUGCUGCCAGUUUAUCUCUUAAUUUUUUUUAUUUACGGAUGCAUGUUCUCAUGUUUUCUCACAAUAAAGCAUAUGAUCGUUUUGUGAUCGUUUCUUCUAUAGUCGUUAUUUGUAAUCUGGUUAAUCUAUAAUGCUGAAUACUGCCAAAAAAAACUUUUUUUAUAAUCUCAUGAUUUGUUGUCAUAAAAUAAAACACAAACAAAAUUGAAUAUAACUUUGAUUUUUGAGUGUUCUCUCAAAGAUGUUAACUCAGUUCUACUUCCAAACUACAUCGAAAAAAAUCAAGUGCUGGUAUGGUAACUAUGUAAUCUACGAAGAAAUUGUUCAGAUCGGAUUUCUAUAGCAUAUAGCUGCCAUACAAACCGAACGAUUGGAAUCAAGGGCUUGUAUGGAAAACUUUCGCAUUUGACAAAAUAUAUUCACGAAAUUUGGUAUAGAUUAUAUUUUAAGGCAACAACGUAAUCUCCGAAGAAAGUGUUCAGAUCGGAUUACUAUAGCAUAUAGUAAAGCUGCCAUACAAACCGAACGAUCGGAAUCAAGGGCUUGUAUGGAAAGCUUUCGCAUUUGAUGUGGUAUCUUCACGAAAUUUGGCAUGGAUUACCGCUUCAGGUAACAAUAUAAUCUCCAAAAAAUUUGUUCAAAACGAAUUACUACAUCAUGUAGCUUCCAUACAAACUGAACACAUAAUUACUAACAGAAAUGCACCUGUGAAGGGUAUUUAGCUUCGGUACAACGUUUUUUCUUGUUUUAAAUCUCUUUGAGCUAAGCUCGAUACUAUUGUAGCGAAACCAGCUUCCGAUGCUAUACUUCUAUCACUAUUAUCGGCCUCUGCCUCUGACCUAUUUCUGUGCAUCCAUUGCGCGCUCACAAGCAAGCAAUUAACCAGCGUUCAGCCAUAAUUAAUUCAGCGAUCGAAUAAGGCGCCCACAUUUCGCAUUGUUUCACAUUGUUUUCACUAAACUUGAAGUGGCUUUUUUGGGAUAUUACAGGAGCGCAACAAUUCGUUGUGUCUUUUUUUGGAUGACACCAUUACAAUGUGAAAUUUUGCACAUCUAAAAUGAUCGACAACUCGAAUUGUUUGUCAACCAGUUGCAGCAAGCUGAAAUUGAGUCAAAGAUAUAUACGCGAAAAUUGAAAAAAAAAAAACAACAACAAAAAGUGGGGAAAAUAGAAAAAUUAAAACUCGAGCACAACAAUGCUCUCGCAAUAUAAAAAAAUCACACUUUGCUCAGUUGCUUACCGUCAUCUACCGAGCUCUUUGUCACAACCCUGAGAUGUAAGAUAACUCAUUAACUGACAUACAGCACGAGCUUUGCACUAGUAAUAAGCACAUCUUCGCCGACUCAGCCAUCCCUAAAGACACCGCCGCCGGUCUGCCUCCUCACAUACUUCAAGACGCCGCACACUCAAAGAGCCAAGUGACUGCAAUGGUCGACAAAUAAAAUGUAAGCGAGCGCUGUCAAACCAAAUAUGCAUUACUCAUUGUGGAGCGCAGAGCGCAGAGCGCAAGAGCGUGAUGUUUUGCUGUUGCUUGCUUGUUGAAAAAGUAAACAUUUUACUCUACUUUACUUCCACUUCCAUUUAUAGUUUACUGUAGGUAGUGAUCGCUUGCUUAACUUGUGUUGUUGAGUUCGAGUUUCGAGAUGGCUGCACGUAAAAAGGUAAGUUUUGAGUCACUCAUCUGAGUUGAUCGGUCAAAUGCUCCGCCGCCGGUAGUUUGAUCGUUCGCUCUGCAUGUAUGCGGCGCGGCUGAUCGAUCGGUAGGUUGGUCGGUCGGUCAUUUAGCGGCAUUUGAGAGUGCCAACCGACCGGUUGUUUUGCUGUUGGUUUAGCUUUAGACUUUGCUUGCUAACUCGAAAGGUGCGCGCCGUACUUGACGCUUUGGUUAGCUAUUUGAGUUUGCCUCUUGGUCUUGUAUUGUGCCGCUAAUCAAGAAUGAAAAUGUGACAAAAAUAAAAAAUUUAAUUGACAGCAAUAACAUUAUUGACAUACACAUAGGAAGUGAAGCGAAAUUAUGACUUUUCAUUAGCGUAUGCCUUAAAAGUGUUACAAUUUAAAUUUUUUUUUUGCAAACUUCGCUUAACAAUUAUUUUUUGGAAACAUUUUUAAAUGAAAUAACUUGCUUAACAAGCUGCAAAUCUUACUAUUUUAUAUAUAAAAGGUCUGUGUUGCAGUUAAUUCGCCGUAUUUUCGAACUUUCUUAAUAAUGCCGCUUAAAACAUGGUGACAACAAUAAAAAUCACUUGUGACGGUGUAUUCAUACAAUCCAAUUCGUAUCUUACGCCUACAGCGUCUGGCAACGCUGUUGCGCAUCAUCGUGCGCAUACAAAUAAUAUUGCACAACAUUUGCCCACAUCUCCAACAUCGCUACCAACAACAACGACCGCAACAUCGUUCGCCAUUUGCAGCGACGAUCAAAGCAACUCGGACACUAGUUCCAACGAGUGUGAACACAGAUUGCGGCAGAGUUUCAGACACACAAACUCACCGAAAGUCGCACUCAUAUCGGCGACAAUUAGCAGCUGCAACAAUAUAAACAACAGCACUGCAUUUAACUCCUACUCCUCCAACACAUCCUCAUCCUCUUCGCAUUCAUCCAGCAACUCACACACCUCCAACGCAACGCAGCGCCAACGGCGUCAGCGGCGCAGUAAUUCCACCAGUCCACGCGACUCAUUCAAAUUCAUUACGCCUGAAGCUGUUAAGUCGAUACCGCAUGGCAAAGCGGUAGAUUCGCGUCGUCGUUACUAUUACAGCGGCACAGGCGCCAGCGUCGCUGGCAACAGCAACAGCAACAUUUAUUGGUGCAAACAGGCCCUCAUCGGUAGCAGUGGUAAAGGCAGCGUUGGCAGUUAUGAGCAUGCUAAUAGUGCACAGAAGCGUCGCGCACAUACUGCUGAACACGUUACGUUGACCCGGAGCGCCAGUAGUAUUACGCCCCAUAAAGAGUUUCGAAACGCGCCCCCAUCAACUACAGCAGCGACAGUGGCAGGUGUGGCCAAGGUGGUGGCGGUACGACGAGAAAGCAAUGAACAACCGUCGGACGGCAACAAAAGUGACAACCAAAAAAGCAAUAAAAACAGUAACCGUGACAUAUCACUUGCGUUUGCCGUCUGCGAAAAGGUGCACACAGACCUUUAUUAUAGCGCUAACCAACCACCAGUAAAUAAUAACAAUAAUGAAGACACUCAUGUAAACGGUGACAGUGGUGAUGACACUUCAGUGAAAGCCGUAGCAAGACAAAGUGACAACAACACAAAAAUCAACCAAAAAUAUAAAAACGCUAACUUCAGCGUGUAUACUGCCAAAGAGAGUUCUUCUUCAAGUUCUAUGUCCGACUGCACUACGCGGAAUUCAAAUGCGAACUCCAAGCCGAAGACGCAUGUGAAAUGUGUGUCAACAAAACGCAUAUCGCCCAACGGUAGUGUGUCGUCCGCUGAUACAACACGCCUCUUUAAUUUCCUACGUGCAGCGCGUAAAUUUUAUCGUAGUGCCGCGAAUAUUGAUCUGGCAGAUGGUAGUCAAAAUUCCGCUGAUAUAGUAGAUGGUGGGUGUACGCAACAGCACCAGUCAGAGCCGCUUAAGCGUCGUUCCUCGUUGGCGGCCAUAAACGAUCGGCUGGAGAUUGCAGAUUAUAAUAAGUCAUCAGCUGAUGCUUUAGGCCAAAUAACCGGGUCUUUAAAUGAUGAUUGGUUUGGUUAGUAUUAUUAAUUAUUUCAAUAUCUUAUAUUUUACAUAACAAUAACAAUAGAAAUUCCGAGAGAAUCCCUUUCUAAUAAUUUCUUGAGUCCCCAUAAUAGAAAGAUUUUCCAGCUUCCAGUCGACUUUAUACUUUUACCUCGUUAUAUGUCAACAUUUUAUAAAUGUUACAUUUUUACGUGACAAAUGAACAAAAAAGCCAAUAGCCAUUAUUGUUCUUAACAAAAUUGACUGAUUUAUUAUAAUUAGCAGAAAAAGUUGUUUAAAAAAAUAGCAAUAACGAUAAAUAAACAUCACCUGGAUAACUCUCACGCUUAAGUUGUAAAAUGUAUUUUUUUUUUGUUGAAA